GCAUUCUCCAGGGGGUGGCGUUGUAAAUUACCCUUUAAAAAAAUAGAAUCAAGAUCCGGAUCCGACCCGGCCAUUGAUUCAGACUCGUUAGCUAGACGAGUCGGAUCGGACGGAAUCAGCGAUUCUUGAAACCGUUAUGCGUGCGCACACGCUUAACUACAUUACAAGGAGAAGAUACAGGAAGGAUCAGUAAUGGAGAACACGUCCCUGGCUUCCUCUGUUCGUCACCUGAGCUGCGACAUGGGUAGAGGAGAGAAAAUGCUGGCCGGUGAUCUCCCUGAUUUCGUUGGCAUAUAUGACUCUUCACCAGAAAAUCACUAAGAAUCCAAUUGAAUUAUUAAUUUUUUUUUAUUAAUUGAAGAUUACGUUUUCCAUCUUGGUAGUCAUAACUGAUAGAAAGAGAGUAGAGAGAGAGAGAGAAGAUGAGGAAGAUGAAGGAAGAACAGUAAACCUUCCUUAUUCAAUCAUUCAUGGUGUUUAAAUACCAAUUCAGUUUUAAAACCCAUCCGUUCUGUACUGACCUGUUCUUCUUUCCUUCUAUGGAUUCCUAAUUCGUAAUUUGGAAUUCAAGUAACGUAUUCCAACUUCGUCUAUCCUGAAUUGUUCAUACGUAUUAGUAAUUCCCAAUUCCUUCAACCCUUCCUCAAAUCUCUCAAGAAUCUAGAUGGAAGAAGCAUCACUGGAUCUUACCCAGUUUCUGUUUCAGUCUUAUCAGCGUAAACGUAUAGAUUGUUGCCAUUUGAACUAAGGACGAAUUCUCUCUGCGUUGGAGAAUUGGAGUUGCAGAGUCCUUCACCUUCUACAUUUUCUAUCUAAUUUCUGCCGGAAAAUAUGUACCGGAAGAACAGUACGGCGCUUCUGUUCAUGUUGGUCUCAGUGGCUCUGUUCGCCUCUUUCCUGUUCUGUCUCCCUCGUGAUUUCUUAAUACCCAGCAGAGAAAUUCGUCGAACUUCGUCGGCGAUCUUCAGGAACCACCAAUCCGCUAAGAAUCUCAAUCUUCAUCUCCAACUCGCCGUUGCUACUGAAGAUGAUAUCAACCGCGCCCUCCACCACCACCUCUCAUCCUCAUCCUUUGCCGAUCCCCAAACCGUCUCCAUUCUCUUACCCGAUUGGGAACUCCUCCUCAUCCUCUCGCCGGAUAAAUCGUUACCGCAUGACGGUACCGGCGACCCAUACUAUUGCCUCUUCCAGAACAACGCAACUUCUCCGGCGAAACCUGCCGGAUUCUUACCUUCCACCAACCUCACCACCUUCAAGUGCCUUCUCCCCCAGAGCCUUCAACGUAUCCGGCCCAUCUUCCAACCCAUUCUAACGAAGCGGCGAGAGUUUUGGCCCGUAACCGAAUCGCCCGAGUUGUUACGAUGGGGUUUUCUCACAUAUGAAUCGUUUUCGACGGAAAAUGACGUCAUCUUGUUCGCCAAAGGCGUGAACAAUCGUCAAGGCGUCAACCGGUCUCCGUCGGAGCUCCGCUGCGUGUUCGGCGACGACGAUAGUAACGGAGUAAUAACGGACGUCACCAGCUCCUCGCAGGAGGUUUUUCGUUGUCGCCACCCGGACGAAACUACCCUCGCCCGCUUGUCCCUCGUUGGGAAAGAAAAAAAGAUUAAAAUUUCCCUCCAGUUCCAGUUAGAAAAGGAGAAGAAGAAGGUCGUGCCAUCCGUGGCGUACUACACACCCCCGUCCAAACCAGCACCAGAACCAGCACUAGUUCCUAGAGAGGGGAAGUCGCUACUGUGCGCAUGUACAAUGGUGUACAACGUGGGUAGGUUCUUGAAGGAAUGGGUCCUUUACCAUUCCAAACUCGGCGUCGAGAAGUUCUUCUUGUACGACAACGGCAGCGACGAUGGCUUGGAACAGGUGGUUUCCGAUCUCCUCCGCCGCGAAUUAUACAAUAACUUGACGAUCGAGACCCUAUUGUGGCCAUGGCCGAAGACGCAGGAGGGUGGCUUCUCACAUUGUGCAUUGCAGGCAAGGGAUUCGUGUUCAUGGAUGAUUUACAUCGAUGUGGACGAGUUCAUCUUCUCUCCUUCAUGGAUCAAUUCCUCAAACCCAUCCACUAACAUGCUCAGAUCCUUGUUGCCAAUCUCAUCGUCAAGCUCGUCUCAGUUAGGGCAAAUUGGGAUCCGUUGCCUUGACUUCGGGCCAUCGAACCAGAGAUCGAAUCCGGUUGGAGGAGUGACCCAGGGCUACACCUGCCGGAGAAGGUUCGACGAGAGGCAUAAAUCCAUGGUUCUCUUAGACGCCAUCGAUGAGUCUUUACUGAACGUGAUCCACCAUUUCCGCCUGAAAGAGAGUUACAGAGGGAGGUGGUUGAGCUUGAGAGAAGGAGUAGUGAACCACUAUAAGUACCAGGCGUGGCCGGAAUUCAAGACCAAGUUCCGGCGGCGGGUCUCGGCUUACGUGGUGGAUUGGAGAGAAGAAACAAAUCCUAACUCCAAGGACAGGACACCGGGAUUGGGUUUUUUACCGGUCGAACCAGAAGGGUGGGCCAACAAGUUUUGUGAGGUGAAUGAUACGAGUUUGCAGGAAGUCACCAAGAGAUGGUUUGGGUCGAAGACGAGAACCGGGUUCAAAAUGGCUUGGGAGGAUGAGUGAGAGACAAGAAUGAGGUCUAACCGGUAUUGGAAGAAUGGGUCCAGCCGUCCUGCAACAAAGCCAUGUACAGUAACAUACUCAUACUGCACAUAGAUAUUGCUAGAGGAAGAGAAGGAACUGGAAAUCUUCUCCCACUCAAAAUUUUCCCCUCCAGUGUUUAGAAUCGGGAUCAGAUCGGUCAAAACUGAUUCUAAUUUCUAAGAUUAGGGAAUAUUUUUGUCGAUUCUGAUUGAUUCCUGGCUCUGUAUUGUAAUGUUUCUAUUUUAAAAAAUUGAUUCUUGGUCCGGCAUA